AUGGAGCCGCAGCUCCUCCGCAUCGCGCAGAGCCAGCGCACCCCCUUCGAGAAGCGCGUGUGGACGGCCCUAUGCCAGAUCCCGCGCGGCCGAGUGACGACGUACGGCUUGCUUUCUGCGUAUCUGGGGACGUCGCCGCGGGCCGUGGGAAAUGCGCUGCGGAGGAACCCGUUUGCGCCAGAGGUGCCGUGCCAUCGCGUGGUGGCGACGGGAGGGGCGCUGGGAGGGUUCAAGGGUAGUUGGCCCAAGGACGGGGAAGGGAUUACCAUUACGGAGAAGAAGAGCUUGUUGAGGGGCGAAGGGGUGAGACUUGACGAUAAGGGGAGGGUGCUGGGGACGGUGUGGUCUGGCUUUGAGUAA